AUGGGUACGACUGGGUACAGUGAUCAAAUGUGGAACAACCAGAAUCCACAGCGACGACAAGCAGCAGAAGAGUUUCAGGACCAGCACUUUGCUACUGCUCGUGAGCUAUCGGACAGGCAGCUUUCAAAAGUUGUUGCGCCGCUGCAGCAGCAAGUUUGUUUUCGUUGCACGGAGACAGCCGGCUAUUUUCCCGAAGGGCGUCACCAUUUUUUGCGUAGAGACCCGGGAUCAUCAGUAUCGAGUAGAAUGGACAGAGCAAUCCCUCGCAGAAAACUGAGUUACGAGAAGGAAAGGAGAAAAAAAAAAUUUAUCUGA